AUGCUGCUGAAGAUGUGUAAAGAGGCGGGGACAACAGCUAUCUACACCAAUCACAGCCUCAGGGUGACUGCCAUACAGAAGCUGUCAGAUGCGGGUCUUGAAGCUAGGGAGAUCAUGACAUUGGCGGCUUUGAAGCUGGAUCCAGACCUCAACAGCAACCCAGCUUUUCGUCCUUCAGCUCCACCACCAUACAACUCCACAACACCUAACAAGAGAAGAUGGUUGUUGGAGAGAGAUGGACUCCUGCUGACAAGCCAAACCAACUUGUGGGGCCAGAAGAAGCAGGUGAAAUCAGCCCUUCAACCACCAGCUUCCACAUCACUCCAUGAUUUCCAACCUGGCAACUGGGUGGUGAUAAAGGAUCUAAGAAGGAAACACUGGCACUCCAAAUGCUGGCGAGGUCCAUUCCAGGUGUUCCUGACAACGCAUACUGCUGUGAAGAUCGCUGAGAGAGCAAUGUGGAUUCACGCCAGCCACUUCAGGAAGAUCCCUGAGCCAAUGGAGGAACUCAGCUGUCGACGCAAGGACAAACAACGCAAGGACGGACAAUGCGAGGAUGGACAAUGCGAGGACGGACAACGCGAGGAUGGACAACGCGAGGAUGGACAAGCGCAACAGAGGACGGCAUGAGAAAUAACUCUGUGAAUUCAACAGACACCAACUAGACGUGCAGGACUAACAACACAAAACCUUUUCCCACCAGACUACACCAUGUACCACCUGAUCCUGACCCUAUCAUGCGAUACUGAUAGAGACCUACACCUACAAACCUGCCAAGACUGUCACUCUGACAGAAGGACAAAGUGCAACAUUCACCUGUACUGUUCACCCCGAAAUUUGACAAUCAGGUCAAAUUCACACAUAUUAUGAACGUUAACAAUGCCGAUCAAAAUUCAGCCUCAUUUCACAUUCCUGAUGCCCAUCAU